AUGCAAAUUGCACCAGACUCUGUCGAGCCUACAAAGGAAGUUGUUCAUUCGAAAACAGGGGUGUUCAAGCGGAUCAAAAAGAUAGCUCACAAGUCAAGAAGUUCUUCUGAAAUAUCUCGUAGCUUUUCCCCAUCUAUGAUACGAAAUCCACAUGUUAUGCACAAAGGUGAUGUUCUUCGUGAAGUUCCUAUCCUAGUUUCUCUAUCCGCAAAGAAACAAAAGGUAGAAGAUAUGGUAAAACAUAUUUCAAAGAAACAGAAAAAGAGACUUCGAAAAUUGGUACUUAAUGAUGAGUCUACUGAAGAGGAAGUUGUUUGUGAUCCUCUAGUGCCAAACUCUCCAGAAAAAUCAAUUGUCGAAACACUUGUUGUUUCUUCGUAA